UCGGGGCCAGGAAUCCCACAAUAGCAGGCGGAGCAGGACGGUUUCUUUUUCUUUUUUUUUCCUCCGAGUCUGAGCUGUGGGCUGCUGGUUGCUUCAAUCAGAGGGAAGGCAGAGAGAGGGAAGGGAGGCUCUGCUGGGAGAGAUGUAAGAUGGCAGAGCUACAAAUGUUGUUGGAGGAAGAGAUUCCGGCCGGGAAGAGAGCGCUUGUGGAGAGUUACCAAAACCUGACGAGAGUCGCCGACUACUGCGAGAGCAAUUAUGUCCAGGCCCAAGACAAGAGGAAAGCACUGGAGGAGACCAAAGCCUACACCACCCAGUCCCUGGCCAGCGUGGCCUACCAGAUCAAUGCCUUAGCCAACAAUGUCCUGCAGCUGCUGGACAUCCAGGCCUCGCAGCUGCGCCGCAUGGAGUCCUCCAUCAACCACAUCUCUCAGACAGUGGACAUCCACAAGGAGAAGGUAGCCAGGCGGGAGAUCGGUAUCCUGACCACCAACAAAAACACGGCUAGGACUCAUAAGAUCAUUGCUCCGUCCAACAUGGAGCGGCCCGUCAGGUACAUCAGGAAGCCGAUUGACUACAAUGUCCUGGACGAUGUUGGCCACGGGGUGAAGUGGCUAAAAGCAAAGCAGCAUGGAAACAAUCAGGCGGUCAGAGCAGGAACGCUGUCCAGGACCAAUCCACCGACGCAGAAGCCGCCCAGUCCGCCGAUGUCGGGCCGCGGCACGAUUGGACGCAACACGUCUUACAAGACGCUGGAGCCGGUGAAGCCGCCCACGGUGCCCAACGACUACAUGACCAGUCCGGCCCGAUUGGGCCCCCAGAACAGCCCCGGACGCACAGGGUCGCUCAACCAGAGGCAACGCACGCACAGCGGAAGCAGUGGGGGCAGCGGCAGCCGGGAGAACAGCGGCGGCAGCGGGAUCGGCUUCCCCAUCGCCGUGCCCACUCCCUCCAUCCCCAACUCUGGACCAGUCUCGCCCAUGUUUGCUCCUCCGGGAGCCCCUCCGCCCCCCCCUCCUCCUCCGCCUCCUCCCCCUGGAGUACCUCCACCCGCUCCUCCCGUGGAUGGCAUGGCCCCGCCAUCACCGCCACCACUCCCUCCUCCUCCUCCAGCCCUAGCGGUGGCCUCCGGGCCUGGUCUGGGCCCCGCUCCAAUGUCCCAGUUUGGAACCAUCUCGAGGCAGAUUUCGCGGCACAACCCUUCCAACUCCUCUGUCUCUAUGGUUUCGGCGACGGGCACCUACCGCCGGGCGCCGUCGGUCACGUCGCAGUUCUCCUUGCAGCAGCAGCAGCUACAGCUACAGCAGCAGCAGCAACUGCAGCAGCAGCAGCCUCAGCCUCAUAUUAACGGAGGCACCCCUGGCUAUGUCCAAAACUCAAUGUCUGUCGCACCUCCUCCUCCCCCCAUGCCCCAGCUGACUCCACAGAUACCUCUCACUGGCUUUGUGGCCAGGAUGCAAGAGAGCAUAGCGGACGCUCCGGCUCCACCCCCGCCCCCGCCCCCGUUGGACCUGCCCAUGUUCGACGACGCCCCGCCGCCGCCGCCGCCUCCGGUGGAUUACGAGGAGGAGGACGCCGCCGUCGUCGAGUACGACGACCCGUACGCCGACGGAGACCCCCAGUGGGCGCCCAAGAACUACAUAGAGAAAGUGGUGGCCAUCUACGACUACAUCAAGGACAAAGACGACGAGCUGACGUUCAUGGAGGGCGCCAUCAUCUACGUGGUGAAGAAGAACGACGACGGCUGGUUCGAGGGCGUGUGCAACGGCGUCACCGGCCUGUUUCCCGGCAACUACGUGGAGAGCAUCAUGCACUACGCCGAGUGACGCCGCCUGGCCGUAACAAGUCCUAUUUAUUCAGUCAUAUCCUAACCCGGUGACAGACUGACAGCAGCAGCAGCGUAGAAAUAACCGUAUGAUUCCUUUUUUUUUUUUUUUUUUUUUAAAUGAAUGGCAGAAUGUUUUCUCUCUUCCUGAAUGCAAAUAAUAUAAAAAGUGAUAUCUGUGUAGGUGGUGUGCUAGGGGACGGGUGGGUGGCAUUAAGACUUUUUCUUUUUUUUUUUUUUAUCCUGAACAAAUAUGGUCUAAUUAAUUAAAGAGUUUAAGAUGCGUUGCUUCAGAAGAUGAGCUCCUUCGUCGCUGCGGCGCCCCUGUUGAGUCCAGACAGGAACACAAACAAGACGGUUUGAUUUUCAACCACUGGAAAUUAUAUUUUAAAGAAUCGGCUUUGGAAAAUCAUGCAAAUCUGAUGUCAUUUUAAGCUUUUGACACUUUUUUUUUCUUCAAUUAUGUUGUAAAUGUUUUUUUCCCCCCUAAUUUACCUUUUUUUUUUUUUUUUUUUUAUUUCACUGUCGAAAUCACUGAACUUUUUACUCUGAAGCCAAUUUCCAAACUUUUCCAUGAGGGGGGGGCACAUUUUUUUUGUACUUAAUCUUAAAAUAAAGGAAUUGUGUUGUUUUUUUCAUGAA